AUGGUGUUUAUCCAGCCCUCGCGCGUGUACAGCUGGUUGGGCGCCUUGAACAUGUUGGCGCAGAUGAACUCCAGCAGCGACAGCGCCAGCGGCGCCGGCAGGUCCGCGACCGUGGCUUCAAUGGCCCGCAUGUCGUUGGUUUGCAGCAGCCGCUCCAGGAGCGGCUUGUCGGCCGUCAACAGCGCCUGGCUCAGUGACACCGAGAACGACCGCUCGCUGAUGACACUCGCCCUGGGCGUGUCCUCCUUGGCCAUCCUGACCAACAGCGGAAUCUUCGUACGGCGACUCAUCCGUUCCUGCGAAUAG